AUUUUUUAUAUAGCCUCUGACUUAUCUACUUCUAUCUCAGUCAAGGCAGAAUUGCAUGUGUAUUGCAUUAAAGAGGCAUGGUCCGGGUAACGUUAAUACCCCCUCAUCAAUUAUUAUUUUUUUGUUUGAAAGGUUAGAGCAUACUGGGAGGAGCGUAGGAUUUUCCGAGCAUGGAAGCAAAGAAAUUGGGCCUGGUGCUCGGCAUAAUCACUACUGUGGCAGCUUUUACUCGGAUUCUUUAUAUCCUUGAAGCACCGGAAGUCCAGCAUGCGCUCUUGGGGGAAUUCAAUUUCAUAAUCCCAGCCAUGCUAAAAGUAGCCUCGUCUCCGGGGAAGGAACAACAGGAAAAACCUCUAGUUAUUUUGCCAAAUUUAACAUCGUGCCAUGAAUCUAUGGGUCGCUCUGAUCUUCCUGUUUACUGCUGCCCACCAAUGAAUCAAUCAAAUGUUGCUAUUAUUGAUUUCCAAUUUCCUGAUCCUUCAUUGCCUUUGCGUGUACGACGGCCAACCCAUCUCCUCGACGACAACUAUAUUUCCAAGUACAAGAAGGCUAUAACCAUAAUGAAGUCUCUUCCAGACACUGAUCCCCGGAGUUAUACUCGUCAAGCCAAUUUGCACUGUCUGUUCUGCACAGGAGCAUAUAACCAGCAGGGCUCCAAUUCUCCACUUAACAUCCACAGAUCAUGGCUGUUCUUUCCCUGGCACCGUAUGUUGAUCUAUUUCCACGAACGUAUCCUUGGAAGUCUCAUAGGCGAUGACACAUUUGCUUUGCCUUUCUGGCCUUGGGACAUUCCUGAAGGAAUGGUAAUUCCUGAAAUGUACAUGAAGGCUCCAUUUUUCCAUGAAGCACGUGACUUUUCUCACUUUCCACCAAGUGUGGUUGAUUUAGACUACAGUUGUACUACGCCUAGCAGUGAAGACUACAGAUGCUUCGAGAGUGGGUUAGGACCUGAAGACCAAGUUCACACCAACUUGGUGCUGAUGUAUAACCAAAUGGUAGCAGGUGCAAAGAAGAUGGAACUCUUCAUGGGCUGCCCUUAUAAGGCAGGGGAGGGAGGGUCUUGCAAUGGGCCUGGCACCAUAGAACUAGCCCCUCACAACACUGUGCACAAGUGGGUAGGGAGCAAUUUGAAUCCGGGAAGCAGGGAGGAUAUGGGUGUCUUUUACUCUGCUGCAAGAGACCCUAUUUUCUAUCCACACCAUGCCAAUAUCGAUCGUCUUUGGGACGUUUGGAGGACGCUCCAUGGGAACAAGGUUAUCACUGAUCCUGAUUGGCUAGACUCUUCCUUUUUCUUUUAUGACGAGAAAUUGCAGCUCAAUAGAAUCAAAAUUCGUGAUGUGCUGAGUAUCACAAAGCUGCAAUAUGCGUAUGAGAAGGUCGAUUUCACAUGGCUUAAUAACCGUCCUAAGCCUUCUGUUCCACUAGAAGUCGCCCGUAACAUACUAAGGAUGAGGCAAAAUGCGAAGCAGCAGCAACUUCAACGGAACGACAUUCUAUCCUCUAACUUCAGUCCCCAUGGCCGAUUUCUAGACGCUACCUUAAGAACAAGGGUCAAUAGGCCAAAAGUCCGAAGAACCAAAAAAGAGAAGGAAGAAGAGGAAGAGAUCCUGGUUGUGCAUGGAAUUGAUAUCCCAGAGGAAAGAUAUGUUAAGUUUGAUGUUUAUGUUAAUGUCGUUAAUGAGACGAUUAUGAAUCCGAGGUUCAGGGAAUUUGCAGGAACCUUUGUUCACAUUGAUCAGGGCGUGACCAGGGUAGCAAGGGAGAGCGAUAUUGAAGUUUUCAGAAAGAAGACUGAUCUUAAGUUGGGGAUCUCGGAACUGUUAGAAGAUUUGGAGGCAGAAGGAGAUGAAUACAUAUGGGUGACAUUGUUGCCGAGGAGUGAAGGCUGCAUCACCACGACAGUUGAUGGGUUAAAGAUUGAGUAUAUUAGAUAAAUAAAGCUUCUUUUCUUUUCUUUCUUCCUUGUUUUUUCCCCUCGAUUUGAAUUCUAAAUUUGAUGCUAUUCAUGUGGCUGCAGUGAUAGAUGGGUGAUUGUCUUUGUAGUAUCGAGGGGAGAGAAUGUUGUUCUGCCUUUUCGCAGUCUGCAUUUCCUUGUUUCUGUUUUUGUCUGAUAAAUUAUACUAUUACUAAUUGUGUUUGCAUAAGUUUUCAUAUGUAAAAAUAAUUGAUUGAUGAUGGGUUUGUUUUUU